GACCUUGAAUGCGGCGGCGAAUAAUUUGACCAUCUUACCCACCUGGAGAGACCUGGAGAGCUUGGAGGAGCUGGACUUGCGUCAGAAUAAAUUGUUUGCAUUGCCUGAGUCUAUCGGUGAUCUGGACAGCUUGAUGAAACUGGACCUCUCUCAAAAUGAUCUGGGUGAUUUGCCUUACGUGCUGGGGUAUUUGGAGAACUUGGAGUAUCUCCACGUGGAUCAGAAUCGACUGACGGAAUUGCCUGAAUCCUUCGGCCUUCUGGAGAAAUUGGUGAUGCUCGAUGUCAACCACAAUGCAUUGCUCUAUCUGCCCGAUUCCUUGGGUGGUAUGAUGAACUUGAAGUAUUUGUAUGCGGAGAACAACCAGCUCCACUAUUUGCCGGAUUCGUUCGUCAACUUGACAUCAUUGGUGGAACUCCAAUUACAAGAUAAUCUGCUGGCUGGUCUACCGAAAUCCUUGGGCAAUGUGGUGAAGCUAGAGCAGCUUGGCGCGUAG